ACUGCCAGUGUAGGGUUGGCAUUUACCACUCUGAGGCUUUUGGCACUUCUAUUAGCUAAAUCUCCCACACACAAGACAACCAAAGAUGGGCUGGGAUGGCGGAUACGAGCCCAAUGGCACUGAGGGCAAUAACUUCUACAUCCCAAUGUCCAACAAAACCGGCAUUGUCAGAAGUCCCUUUGAAUACCCGCAGUACUACAUGGUGGACCCAAUGAUCUACAAGCUCCUAGCCUUCUACAUGUUCUUCCUGAUCUGCACCGGAACUCCCAUCAACGGUCUAACGUUGUUUGUAACAGCUCAGAACAAAAAGCUACGGCAACCACUCAACUUCAUCCUGGUGAACUUGGCCGUGGCCGGGCUCAUCAUGUGCUGCUUCGGUUUCACCAUCACCAUCACAUCUGCUUUAAAUGGUUACUUCAUCCUCGGACCCACCUUCUGCGGUAUUGAGGGAUUCAUGGCAACACUUGGAGGUGAAGUUGCUCUCUGGUCCCUGGUUGUUCUGGCUAUUGAGAGAUACAUUGUUGUGUGCAAACCCAUGGGCAGCUUCAAAUUCACUGGAACUCACGCCGGAGCUGGAGUCCUUUCCACCUGGAUCAUGGCUCUUGCUUGUGCGGCACCCCCACUUUUUGGGUGGUCCAGGUACAUUCCAGAAGGCAUGCAGUGUUCCUGUGGACCUGACUACUACACCUUGGCCCCAGGAUUCAACAACGAAUCUUAUGUCAUCUACAUGUUUGUUGUUCACUUCUUCAUUCCUGUUUUCCUGAUUUUCUUCGCCUAUGGAAGCCUUGUCCUGACAGUCAAAGCCGCCGCAGCUCAGCAGCAGGACUCCGCUUCUACACAGAAAGCUGAGAAGGAAGUAACGCGUAUGUGUGUCUUGAUGGUGUUGGGCUUCUUGGUAGCUUGGACGCCAUAUGCAACCUUUGCUGGCUGGAUCUUUUUGAACAAAGGAGCAUCUUUCACAGCUCUGACUGCUGCCCUACCUGCUUUUUUUGCAAAGAGCUCAGCCCUGUACAACCCUGUUAUCUAUGUCCUGAUGAACAAACAGUUCCGUAAUUGCAUGCUCAGCACCAUUGGAAUGGGUGGCAUGGUGGAAGACGAGACCUCAGUGUCAACAAGCAAGACAGAAGUCUCAACAGCUGCUUAAGGACCAUGUGUCUUAAUCACGACGUCUUCAAGUCUGUGGACAAGUUCCUGAAUAAUUGUUGUCUGAUUUUAAUAGAGUCCACUCAAAAAAGAGACUUUUGCCAAAGUAAUUCAUGGAUUUAACAACUGUGGACCAAGGAAUUCUGUCUCAUCUGGUUAUGCAUGUAAAGUAUUAAGUGUAAAUUUUACCUUGGAGUUCAUCUUGUACAGCAGCUGCUUGAAUGUGUGUCUGUGAGUGCGUAUGUUGGAGUAUGCGUGGCUGAACUUGGAUCUCUGAACACCUCAACUAUAAAUACAGGCUGUGAACCGCUGAAAACCUUUAAUUGCUGAAUGUGCAAUCAAGUGUGGGGUGUUUGCUUGUAAUUAUAGGAGGGAACAUGUUUUACUGGUGUACCAGUGGCAUUAUUUUUAUGCAUUUUGUGAAAAACUGAUUAAAAAAAAAACUUAGUAAUGACUAGAUAAUAAAUGCAUGCAUCAAAUGAAA